GGAGCGGCCCCGGCGCUGCCGCCGCCCGGAGCGGGGAGGGCCGGGCCGGGCCGGGCAGGUGGAGCGGCCCCGAUGGAGCGGGGGAAGAUGGCGGAGCUGGAGAGCCUGGAGACGGCGGCGGAGCACGAGCGGAUCCUGCGGGAGAUCGAGAGCACGGACACGGCCUGCAUCGGCCCCACGCUCAGGUCCGUCUACGAUGGGGAGGAACACGGGCGGUUCAUGGAGAAGCUGGAAGCUCGGAUCCGGAACCACGACCGGGAGAUCGAGAAAAUGUGCAACUUCCACUACCAGGGGUUCGUGGAUUCCAUCACAGAGCUGCUCAAGGUCAGAGGAGAGGCCCAAAAACUCAAGAACCAAGUGACAGACACCAACCGAAAGCUGCAGAAUGAAGGGAAAGAACUGAUAAUUGCCAUGGAGGAGCUGAAGCAGUGCCGGCUGCAGCAGAGGAACAUUUCGGCCACGGUCGAUAAGCUCACGCUGUGUCUUCCCGUGCUGGAGAUGUACAGCAAACUGCGGGAGCAGAUGAAAUCCAAGAGGCACUACCCUGCCCUGAAGACCCUGGAGCACCUGGAGCACACCUACCUGCCCCAGGUGAGCCACUACCGCUUCUGCCAGAUCAUGGUGGACAACAUCCCGAAGCUGCGGGAGGAGAUCAAGGAAGUGUCCAUGUCAGACCUGAAGGAUUUCCUGGAGAGCAUCCGGAAGCACUCGGACAAGAUUGGAGAGACGGCCAUGAAGCAGGAUUGCAGGUACAAUCAGUGGAAAAUAAUUGCCAAGAUAUUCUUCAGCCUUCUGCUCUCUCCAAACGUUCAG